CAUAGCUUUAAAACAAAUCAAAUAAAAUCCCAAUUAGGAUUUUUCAUACCACAGCUGAUUUUGACAUCUGACAUAACCAAAAAAACAAGCCCGUCCUGCUGCCCUGUUCCAUGCGAAUUUAUAAAAAAAAUCUUUAUCUCAAGAAGUGUGAAAAAUAAUAUAAAAAUUGUCCGUGUUCAUUAAAAACGAAAAAAAUAAACAAUUAUCAAGUAAUUAUAUGAAUAAUCAGGCCCAUUCUUCUGCACAACAGAGCCAACAAAUGCGUUUAGGAGCGAUACUUUACGUCUACAAAGGCGAAUGGGGCCUUCCAUCAAUUGACUUCGAAUGUUUAAGGGCGCUGUGUUUAAUUAAAUUCACAAGAUGUCCAGUCAAAAUCGAAACAAACAGCAAUCCACUAAGGUCUGGAGGUGGAAAACUGCCCUAUCUACAAAUCGGAAAUGAAAAAAUUGUCGGAUACCGGCAAAUCAAGGAAUUGCUUGACAAAGAGGGCUAUCCAAUCGAUGCAAAAUUGAUGCCAAAACAGAAAUUUCAAUCAGUUGCACACACUAACUAUGUGUUCAAUAAUUUGCAUGCUUAUUUUAAUUAUUUUAUGUUUGGCGAAGCCAACAAUAUUGAUUGUACACGGGCUCUGUAUGCAAAAAGGACACCGUUUCCGUUUAACUUCUAUUUCCCAGGAAAAUAUAAUAAAGAAGCACACAACAUUGUUAGCAUUUUGGGAGGUUUCGAUUUGAAUGACAAAGUAGAAGUCCAUGAAACCGAUUACCUCGUUGCGAAUGCCAAAAAAUGCGUAAACAUGCUCGCUAAAAAGCUAGGGAAAAAAGUCUGGUUCUUUGGUGACUUCUAUAGCGAGUUCGAUGCUAUAGUCUAUGCGUACUUAUCGGUUUUGUAUAGCAUUUCACUGCCAAAUAACCCGCUUCAAUAUCACAUUAAAAGCUGUCAAAAUCUAGUGAAUUUCAUCAAUCGAAUAUCGAAAGAUGUCUUCAAACAGGAAACAUUUAACUCAGUGAAAACUGCAAAAGGAAUCACUAACGAUCCAAUGCUUACUCCAACCGAACGUGAUUUCUUGGAAUCUGAAAAAAAGACAAAAAUUAUUGCAGCUACAGUAGCAUUAAUUGCAAUGGGAACAUUUGCAGCGUGGAAAGGUUUUUAUCAGAGCAUUGUCCAAUCAAAUGAUUAUUACGAUAACUAUGAUUACGGUGAUGACGAUGAUGAUACAGAGGGUGAAUGAAUAUAAUAAAAUUAAUAAGUGUUCCAUAUACCAAUGAAAUUUCCUCAUACAAUCGAUGCGACCUUCCAUACUUUCAGUCAAUGAAACUCAAAAACGUUAAUAAAUUCCCUCAAGUAUUUUAAAUUAAAAAAAAAAAAAACAAAUCUGAGCUUACUCACGAUCAAAUUAUUAAAAAUGUUAUUUUAAAACGAAGACAAAAAAAGAAUACUUGUCCAAAAACUGAAACAUCGUGAUCUUACUUGAUACCAAAUAAAUCUUUAUAAAGAUCUUAUAAAGAACAAAAAAAACUAAUACUUCUGCUGGCCAAGUAUUUUUAAUUAACACAAUUUUGAUGAUUUCAUUUUAAGAACAAUACGUCUUCAGUAUCUUCUUUUACGUUUUAAGACAACUGGACACAAAUUUUAGAUCCACUUAAAAUGUUUUUAAUUUUUGUAUUUGCAACUUUCGCAUGAUAAAACGAAUAAGACGUUUAGGGUUCCAUAAAGAAUUAUGAACAACUAUUAUAAAAAUUUAUUUUACUAAAAAAGCUAGGAAUUUAAUUUGAUACAUGGGCUGAUAAUGUUCUUUCUUGUCCAUGUCUCUCAGUCGCAGUGCAAUUCUUGACGAACUAAUAAGGACAUUUGCUCAUAACAUAUAAA